UAAUCAUUCAGGCAAAGCAUUGGUACUUGUUGAUUCAUCACGGAUCAGUAAAUAUAUUUUGAAGAAGAUCAGCAAAAUGACAGCGAUGAAAAUCAGAUGGGGAGAUACUCUUGAUGAGGACGAUUCGUUGCCCACCAACACAGUGGUUGGCCCAGACAAGCAAGGAAUCAAGACUAUCACAACCUACAAGAAAAAUGACAAGGGCGAGACCGUAAAGGUGGUGACAAAGACCAGGGUGUCGCGAGUGGAGAGGAAGAUCUAUGAGGUAGCGGCAGAGCGGAGGAGUCGCUUGAAACGCUUUGGGGAGGCAACCAAGGAGCAGGCUGGAGACAGUGUGACAGUGCAGCAGGCUGAGGACAUCCCCUUUGAGAGGGUGCAGAAGGCAAGGCAAACGACCGAGGAGAAGAGGGCAGAGAAGGAGGACCUCAAGUCAGCUCUCCAAGGCUCAGACAAGAGCGCUGUUGUGGGCAGUUUGAGGGACAUGCUGUACCGGAGGAGAAUGGAGAGGCAGCUGGCGCUGGCCCGAGGCCAGAUCGCUGCCCCAGAGAGGCCGCCUGAUGAGGACUCGGAGGCUGGCGGUUUGCCACAGGCAGGCAGCAAGCCCGGGGGCUACGUGCCUCCCAGCAGGCGCGCGGGUGCCACUAUGGCGGACGGCGACAGCAUGCGGCGGCGCGAGGAAAACUCUGUGCGCGUCACAAACCUGUCAGAGGACACGCGCGAGGACGAUCUCAGGGAGCUGUUCAGCCCCUUUGGCCCCAUUUCCCGCAUCUACAUCGCGUAUGACCGCGAGACCGGCGAGAGCCGCGGCUUUGCCUUCGUCAACUUUGUGCACCGGGAGGACGCCGCGCGCGCCGUGCAGAAGCUGGAUGGCCAUGGUUACGACAACCUCAUCCUGCGCGUGGAGUUUGCUGCUCCCCGUGCAGAGCGCACCUGAGCUGCCCGCCGUGUGUUGACUUGUAGCGGCUGCAGCAUGACUUGAAGCAAGGGUGUGAGCGGACACAUCGUGUAUAUGUGAUAUGAACUUCCAAAAGAGUCUUGCACAGGUUGCUGAGCUUCAUCGACAUAAGACACCUUUGUCACCAUGGUCAAUGUAUCUUGCCAGACCCUUGAUGUCUAAAGAUUCACAGCGAGGCAGAGUCUUCAGGUUUUUGGGCUGAAUGAUGCUGCAUGUGCAUGGAUCACAGUGACAUCACGGUCAGAUUGAGGGGCCUUGCAUGCUGUAGUCUAAAAGCCUGUCUAUGGUGCCACUGCGGCCGAUGAACAUAAAAUUUGGG